AUGAUGCACAAACGGCGACCAGGUCUCAGCCUGGCUAUCACUCUGUCGCUCGUGUACCUUGCAGGAUUCCUGUCGGCACCAUUCGUGAACGUGUCCUCUGUGGCCUCGAGUGUUGUGGCCCGACGAGCUGCAGACAAGAGGCCGCCUCCUCGUGACUUGGAACCACGACUCAGCCCAGAAGAUACCUAUGAAAUGCCACGGACGCCGGAAGAGGAGAAGAACAUGAAUUACUGGAGGAGCUCUUUUGAUGACCUUCCGGCAGAGGAAAAACUUCAAAGCCCGCUCGUGGUGCUGGGCUUCUUCCUUCUACUGGCACCUUUCGUGGGUGGAAUGUAUCUCUUGGUGAAUGGUGGAGGCUUAGAUGAUUGA